AUGACACGAUCUUAUAAUGCUUUAAGGUUGAUCCUUUGGGUUCUCUUUGCUUUCGUUAUAUUAUCUGCGCAGAGCGCAGCACAAGAUGUAGACCCGCAAGCAGUAAAAUCUCCAACAAAGACUGCGAUAGUUACAGUCACAGAAACCUUUCUGCCUCCUAAACCAACUCCAAAUAAAGAAUCUCCCACACCAAUUCCAAUAGAAAAUGACCCAUCAUCAACGACGACGCCGCCUCCUCAAGUUCCUGCUAAGGAUAGUGAUGAUUCACUUCCUGGUUCAACUCUCGUCAUAAACAAUGUUGGACCUAUUGUUGCUGCAGUAACCGUUGUGUUUUUGCUUAUAGCUAUUCUUAUUGCUGCAUUCUUUUUCACAAGAAGAAAAAAACAAGUUAUAAAUAAUAUAACUGUAAAUGAAGCUCCUAAUUCAAAUAACGUUUAA